AGUGUGAAUAUUGGAAAAAUUGAUAUGAUGUCAUAGUGUGUGUAAAUGUCAUUAGCAUUAGCAGAAAAGCAGAGGAAAACAUAAUUUCUGGAACACAAGAUACGAUAAUUGUGUCCAACAAUGAACUUCCUGGGUUUUGGCCAAUCCGCUGACUUGGACAUUGUGUUCGAUGGGGCCGAUACGAGGAAGAUGGCUGAGAUCAAGACGGAGGAUGGCAAGAAGGAGAAGUAUCUCCUUUACUAUGAUGGAGAAACAGUAUCUGGGAAGGUGAAUGUAACACUGAAGAAGCCCGGAAGUAAGUUGGAACAUCAGGGUAUCAAGAUUGAGCUCAUUGGGCAGAUUGAACUGUACUACGAUCGGGGCAAUCAUCAUGAGUUCCUGUCGCUGGUAAAGGAACUCGCCCGUCCUGGUGACCUAAUCCAGAACAGCAGCUACCCCUUUGAAUUUGCAAAUGUGGAGAAGCCCUAUGAGGUCUAUGUCGGUUCCAAUGUGAGACUGCGCUACUUCCUGCGUGCCACAGUUGUUCGACGUCUCAGUGAUAUCAUCCGGGAAGUUGAUAUUGCCGUUCACACUCUCUGCAGCUAUCCAGAGGUCAACAGUCCCAUCAAGAUGGAAGUGGGCAUUGAGGAUUGCCUACACAUUGAAUUCGAAUAUAACAAAUCGAAAUAUCACCUAAAGGAUGUCAUUGUGGGCAAAAUUUACUUCCUUCUGGUGCGCAUCAAGAUAAAACAUAUGGAAAUUGCAAUAAUAAAGCGCGAAACAACAGGUACCGGACCCAAUACAUUCACAGAGAACGAGACAAUUGCGAAGUACGAGAUAAUGGAUGGGGCUCCAGUUAGGGGCGAAAGUAUACCGAUAAGAGUCUUUCUGGCAGGAUAUGACCUUACGCCCGCAAUGCGUGAUAUUAAUAAGAAGUUCUCUGUAAAGUAUUUUCUCAAUUUAGUCCUCAUGGACACGGAAGAUCGUCGAUACUUCAAGCAACAGGAAAUCACACUGUGGCGAAAGGCAGAAAAGACCAGGAAGUCCUCAGCAAUUGCACCCAAUAAUCCCCAUGUGCCAUCUCACCUGGUUGGCUCGGAAAGUGAUAUGAUUCCCAAAGCACCUCAGGACGGUGCCCACAACUCGGAUACAUCCCCUGCACCUCCCAUGGAUCCCACUGUUGGCCUAUUCACGCAGGAGAGCCCUCAAAAUGAAACUAAACCACUGGAAUCGCCUACAUUUCAUGCAGAAAACGACAACAGUGAAUCGGCACAAUCCACAAAUGAUAUGCUGCCACUGCCGCUAGAUUCUCCAGAUUCAACAGAACAGAAUCCAUAGAGGUUGGACAAAGUAGAACAAUAAUGAACUGAAAAUUGGUAUACAAAAGCACGACGAUGCAUAAAUUUUUCAACAUAAAAAAAAAAUCCAAUGGCAUUAAAGAAUCAAGUGAUUAUUAAGAAAGAAAGAAAGAAAAUUUAAUACAAUAGUGGCACCUAAAGGAAGGAGCAUGUUUGAAAUAAAUAAAAUGAACAUCGUUGCACUUGUAUCUGAUGUAUAAUAAAUCCAAGAGUAAAUAUAUUGACAUUAUCUGGAAA